CUAGUAGCAGUCUUAUUUAAAAAUUGAAGGAAUUGAUUGGAACCAUGAUAGUAAAGCUACUUGUGCUGUGCCUGGUGGGUCUGGCCUACGCUAGGCCACAAUGGGACUGCCCAUAUGGCAGCCAGAACCUAUUGGCUCACGAAAGCAGCUGCAAUAAGUUUUACAUAUGUGUCGGUGGGAGAAAAGAAGAAGCCCAGUGCCCUGUUAACAGUCACUUCUCCGUCGAACUUCAGGGAUGUACCGAGCCAGUGUUGGCUAAAUGUGAAAUUGAAUCAAAUGACACACCAGACGUCUUCCCAAACGGAUGUCCCAGGGAUUACAGAAUAGAAAAGCUGUUCACUCACCCACGAUGUGAUAAAUUCUACCAAUGCGUACAUGGAGAUUACCAGGAAAUGCCAUGUGCACCCGGCACGGAGUUCAGCUACAAAUUGCAGAAAUGCACCUGGCCCUACAAAGCUGACUGUGCUGGUGGAGAUAAUGGUGAUGGUGACGACGAUGUAGAUGGUGGAGACAGUGGUGGUGGUGGAGAUGGCGGCGAUGGAGGAAACGGUGGAGAUGGUGGAAACGGUGGAGAUGGUGGAAACGGUGGAGAUGGUGGAAAUGGAGGUGACGGCGGUGAUGGUGGAGAUGGAGGAAACGGUGGAGAUGGUGGAAACGGCGGAGAUGGUGGAAACGGUGGAGAUGGUGGAAACGGUGGAGAUGGUGGAAAUGGAGGUGACGGCGGUGAUGGUGGAGAUGGUGGAGACGGAGGAAACGGCGGUGGAGGUGACGGCGGUAAUGGUGGAGAUGGCGGCGAUGGAGGAAACGGUGGAGAUGGUGGAAACGGCGGCGAUGGAGGAAACGGUGGUGAUGGAGGAAACGGUGGAGAUGGUGGAAACGGCGGAGAUGGUGGAGAUGGUGGAAACGGUGGUGAUGGUGGCGAUGGAGGAAACGGUGGUGAUGGCGGAGGUAAUGGCGGAGAUGGCGGUGACGGAGGAAACGGUGGUGGAGGUGACGGCGGCAAUGGUGGAGAUGGUGGAAACGGUGGAGAUGGUGGAAACGGCGGAGAUGGCGGUGACGGAGGAAACGGUGGUGGAGGUGACGGCGGCAAUGGUGGAGAUGGAGGUGACGGCGGUAAUGGUGGAGAUGGUGGAAACGGAGGCGAUGGCGGCAAUGGUGGAGAUGGCGGUGACGGAGGAAACGGUGGUGGCGGUGACGGAGGAAACGGUGGUGGAGGUGACGGCGGCAAUGGUGGAGAUGGUGGAAACGGUGGAGAUGGUGGAAACGGCGGAGAUGGCGGUGACGGAGGAAACGGUGGUGGAGGUGACGGCGGCAAUGGUGGAGAUGGUGGAAACGGUGGAGAUGGUGGAAAUGGAGGUGACGGCGGUGAUGGUGGAGAUGGUGGAGACGGAGGAAACGGCGGUGGAGGUGACGGCGGUAAUGGUGGAGAUGGAGGAAACGGUGGAGAUGGUGGAAAUGGAGGUGACGGCGGUGAUGGUGGAGAUGGUGGAGAUGGUGGAAACGGUGGUGAUGGCGGAGGUAAUGGCGGAGAUGGCGGUGACGGAGGAAACGGUGGUGGCGGUGACGGAGGAAACGGUGGUGGAGGUGACGGCGGCAAUGGUGGAGAUGGUGGAAACGGUGGAGAUGGUGGAAACGGCGGAGAUGGCGGUGACGGAGGAAACGGUGGUGGAGGUGACGGCGGCAAUGGUGGAGAUGGAGGUGACGGCGGUAAUGGUGGAGAUGGUGGAAACGGAGGCGAUGGCGGCAAUGGUGGAGAUGGCGGUGACGGAGGAAACGGUGGUGGCGGUGACGGAGGAAACGGUGGUGGAGGUGACGGCGGCAAUGGUGGAGAUGGUGGAAACGGUGGAGAUGGUGGAAACGGCGGAGAUGGCGGUGACGGAGGAAACGGUGGUGGAGGUGACGGCGGCAAUGGUGGAGAUGGAGGUGACGGCGGUAAUGGUGGAGAUGGUGGAAACGGAGGCGAUGGCGGCAAUGGUGGAGAUGGCGGUGACGGAGGAAACGGUGGUGGAGGUGACGGCGGCAAUGGUGGAGAUGGUGGAAAUGGAGGUGACAGCGGUGGUAAUGGCGGAGAUGGCGGCAAUGGUGGAGACGGCGGUAAUGGAGGCAACGGUGGAGAUGGCGGUGACGGAGGAAACGGUGGUGGAGGUGACGGCGGUAAUGGUGGAGAUGGUGGAAAUGGAGGUGACGGCGGUGGUAAUGGCGGAGAUGGCGGCAAUGGUGGAGACGGUGGAAACGGAGGCGAUGGCGGCAAUGGUGGAGAUGGCGGUGAUGGAGGAAACGGUGGUGAAGGUGACGGCGGCAAUGGUGGAGAUGGUGGAAAUGGAGGUGACAGCGGUGGUAAUGGCGGAGAUGGCGGCAAUGGUGGAGACGGCGGUAAUGGAGGCAAUGGUGGAGAUGGCGGUGACGGAGGAAACGGUGGUGGAGGUGACGGCGGUAAUGGUGGAGAUGGUGGAAAUGGAGGUGACGGCGGUGGUAAUGGCGGAGAUGGCGGCAAUGGUGGAGACGGCGGUAAUGGAGGCAAUGGUGGAGAUGGUGGAAAUGGAGGUGACGGCGGUGGUAAUGGCGGAGAUGGCGGCAAUGGUGGAGACGGUGGAAACGGAGGCGAUGGCGGCAAUGGUGGAGAUGGCGGUGAUGGAGGAAACGGUGGUGAAGGUGACGGCGGCAAUGGUGGAGAUGGUGGAAAUGGAGGUGACAGCGGUGGUAAUGGCGGAGAUGGCGGCAAUGGUGGAGACGGCGGUAAUGGAGGCAAUGGUGGAGAUGGCGGUGACGGAGGAAACGGUGGUGGAGGUGACGGCGGUAAUGGUGGAGAUGGUGGAAAUGGAGGUGACGGCGGUGGUAAUGGCGGAGAUGGCGGCAAUGGUGGAGACGGCGGUAAUGGAGGCAAUGGUGGAGAUGGCGGUGACGGAGGAAACGGUGGUGGAGGUGACGGUGGUAAUGGUGGAGAUGGUGGAAAUGGAGGUGACGGCGGUGGUAAUGGCGGAGAUGGCGGCAAUGGUGGAGACGGCGGAAACGGAGGCGAUGGCGGCAAUGGUGGAGAUGGCGGUGAUGGAGGAAACGGUGGUGGAGGUGACGGCGGCAAUGGUGGAGAUGGUGGAAAUGGAGGUGACAGCGGUGGUAAUGGCGGAGAUGGCGGCAAUGGUGGAGACGGCGGUAAUGGAGGCAAUGGUGGAGAUGGCGGUGACGGAGGAAACGGUGGUGGAGGUGACGGCGGCAAUGGUGGAGAUGGUGGAAAUGGAGGUGACGGCGGUGGUAAUGGCGGAGAUGGCGGCAAUGGUGGAGACGGCGGUAAUGGAGGCAAUGGUGGAGAUGGCGGUGACGGAGGAAACGGCGGUGGAGACAGUGGAAACGGUGGAGAUGGCGGUGAUGGAGGAAACGGUGGUGGCAAUGGAGGAAACGGUGGUGAUGGAGGCAAUGGAGGUAACGGCGGUGGUAAUGGUGGAAAUGGCGGUGGUAAUGGUGGAAACGGUGGUAAUGGUGGCAAUGGAGGAAACAGCGGUGGUAAUGGUGGAAACGGCGGUAAUGGUGGCAAUGGAGGAAACGGUAGUGGAAAUGGUGGAAACGGUGGAAAUGGUGGUAAUGGAGGUAACGGUGCCGGUAAUGGUGGCAAUGGCGGCAACGGGGGAAACGGAGGAAAUGGUAAUUUGUAAUAACAAUAGACUCAUUGAAAUAAAAUAAGAAUUAAAAUUG